AGAGAGAGAGAGGGGAGAGAGAGAGUUUUAAAUAGAAAGCAAGAGGGGGAGAGGAGAACAAGAGAGAAAGUGAGAGGACGCUCCAGGAUUGGACGGCUCGUUGGAGGAAGCAGCUCGGCUUAAGGUCCAGGAUGGGCCAGUGAUCUGGGGCAAGGAUCGGCCGAGGAGCCUUACUGCGCAACAACCAGAGAUUGCACAUCCACACACAAGCUUUCAAACAUCUGUAUUUAUACUCUGUGACUAUCAACAACAAACAUUUCAGUGCCAUUAGAACACUCAGAAACAAACAUACACACACACACACACACUUACUGAGACAUCACUAUUGCCUGAAUUUCCCCCGGCUCUUAAGGCCUUAACCCGCCACACACACACACACACACACACACACACACACACACACACACACACAGACACACACACGCACGCAUGCACGCACCCAUGAUGGCGGUGAAUGUGACGCCCAUCCGUGACACCAAGUGGCUGACGCUGGAGGUGUGUCGGGAGUUCCAGCGGGGCACGUGCUCUCGGCCGGACAGUGAGUGCAAGUUCGCCCACCCCGCCAAGAGCUGCCAGGUGGAGAACGGACGGGUCAUCGCCUGCUUCGACUCGCUCAAGGGCCGCUGCUCCAGAGAGAACUGCAAGUACCUGCACCCGCCGCCACACCUGAAGACACAGCUGGAGAUCAACGGCCGCAACAACCUCAUCCAGCAGAAGAACAUGGCCAUGCUGGCUCAGCAGCUGCAGCUGACCAACGCCAUGAUGCCCGGCACUCAGCUCCAGCCUAUGCCAAUGUUCUCGAUGGCCCCUAGCCUGGCCACCAAUGCCACGGCCGCUGCUGCGUUUAACCCAUACCUGGGUCCCGUGUCGCCCGGCCUCAUGCCCACGGACAUCAUGCCCAGCACGCCUGUCCUGGUGACCAGCAGUCCCAACGUCCAGGUGCCCGCUGCUGCUGCCGCCGCAGCCGCUCAGAAGCUGAUGAGGACGGACCGGCUGGAGGUGUGUCGUGAGCACCAGCGUGGGAACUGCUCGCGCGGCGAGAACGACUGCCGCUUCGCUCACCCCUCCGACAGCACCAUGAUCGCCACCAACGACAACACCGUCACCGUCUGCAUGGACUACAUCAAGGGACGCUGCACCCGAGACAAGUGCAAGUACUUUCACCCGCCACCCCACCUGCAGGCCAAGAUCAAGGCUGCCCAGCACCAGGUCAACCAGGCUGCCGCUGCCGCCGCUAUGACUCAGUCGGCUGUCAAAUCACUGAAGCGACCCCUCGAGACAACCUUUGACCUGGGACUGCCGUCCAUCUUGCCUCCGUUACCAAAGAGACCCGCACUUGAAAAAACCAACGGUGCCACUGCCAUGUUCAACGCUGGCAUGUUCCAGUACCACCAGGCUCUCUCCAACAUGCAGUUCCAGCAGCAGGCCGCCUUCAUACCGUCAGGCUCAAUAUUGUGCAUGACACCUGCAGCAAGUGUUGUUCCCAUGAUGCACGGUGCUACGCCAGCCACUGUGUCCGCUGCCACCUCAUCCGCCUCAAGUGUACCCUUCGCCACAGCCAAUCAGGACUCGCCAGUAUCAAAGUCGACAGCCCAUGAGUAUAUGCAUUUGAUUCCAAUAAUAUCUGCUGAGCAUCUGACUAGUCACAAAUACGUGACUCAGAUGUAGACGUUCCACUUUCGCGAGCAAUCGUGUUGGAGUGAACUGAUGUGUGACCAUCUGGAGAUCCCCACCAUGAAUGCAGGAAUUAAUAAACAACAACAACGAUGACAACUAGAAGAAAAAAAACAGAUGAGGAAGAAGAAUCAGAAAAUGAGGACGAAGAAGCAGCAGAAAACCGUAGAAAAAGAAAAGACCGAAAACACACACAAGACCGUAAACACACACAUUUCUUUUCCUUGAAUGACAUUGUCGUGCAUGCCACCUUGGGUCGACACAGACUCUCCCCAACCCAUCUCCCCUCUCCCCCCCUCCCCCAACCCAUCUCCCCCUCUCCUCCUCUCCCCCCCUCUCCUCCUCUCUCCCCCCUCUCCCCCUCUCCCCUCCCCUCUCCCCCUCUUGGGCUCAUCUCGACACCUGGGGGUCAGCCGCACGUCGCUGAUGGCCUGUGUAUGUCUUAUCGCUCCUGGUGACCUCUGUGUGCCCACCUCUCAUAAUGAAUGCAAACAACCAAGACAUGUCUGUCUUAGCCGGACUUCAGUUCCUUUGGAUUUUUCUUUACUUUUGAGUCCAUCGGUAGACCAAGAAAUAACUCUUAAAAUGAUUUCUUAUUAUGUGUGUGUGUGUGUGUGUGUGUGUGUGUGUGUGUGUUUCUCUUCUUUUGUAGUUUACACAAUAAAAAGUGUAAUAAAACACAGAGACGAUGACAAAACAAAUAGAAUUGUCAUAGCGAAGAAUUGUCCUAGAUCAUUUUGCAUGCACACAGUAUACUUUCAGUAGGUUGCACUAUUCCUUAAUGACCUCGAUUGUAUAAGGCAAAGGGGG